GGAAAAGCUGCUUCUUUACUUCCAUCCACAGCCUUGGCCUCCUCCGCCACUGUAAUUUUAUCGCUCCAUUCUCCUUCUCCUUGCAUAUGGCCCUGCCCAAGCGGAUUAUCAAGGAAACCGAACGACUGGUAGCAGACCCAGCACCGGGAAUAACAGCUGCACCGCACGAAGACAAUCUACGAUAUUUCGAUGUUACUAUCCAGGGUCCUGAUGGGAGUCCGUUUGCCAACGGUGUUUUCAAGCUAGAGCUUUUUCUUCCCGAGGAAUACCCAAUGGCGCCUCCCAAGGUCCGUUUCCUGACCAAGAUCUACCAUCCUAACAUCGAUAAACUCGGGCGAAUCUGUUUAGAUAUCCUGAAAGACAAAUGGUCGCCUGCUCUUCAGAUCCGCACUGUCUUGUUGUCGAUACAAGCGUUACUCAGUGCGCCGAAUCCUGAUGACCCUCUCGCUACCGAUGUUGCGAAGCAUUACAAGGAGAAUGAGAAGGACGCACAGCGCGUCAGCCAGGAGUGGACACAGUUGUACGCUUCUGUUUAGAGCGAUAGAGAUGUGUAUGAAGAAGUUUUUGUUAUCGUUCGUCACAACCAUGAAUUUUGUAAUCCUACAUCAGCUCACGCUACUUUUCCCUAUGCCUUGCCGCUCGUCGGUUCCAAAGACCUUGGCUCUGUAAACUAGAAUUCAUACGUGUUCUAAGACAUCUACAAGUUGACACUGCGGUAGCCAGUUUGUUAUACCACCUUCUGUUUCAGGCUCCUUUCUUUGUUGAGGUGCUCAUUUGCAGAUAAUGCUUCCUAUGUCGUUCCAUCCCGAUUAAAUUUUCAAUUAAUCUGUCCUUUGAAUAACAGCACGUCAAAUGGAGUGUAAUUGGU